UGUUGACAGCUCGCAAUCUCGAACAUACCAACAUAACUACUUCCAUCAUUCCCAUACUUUUGAAUACCGCGGCGAUAUCGUUACCUGAAGCAACAAUGCAUCAAUCCAGGAUCUCCUCUAUUAUGCCAGCUCAUCCUGAUCUUGCCGCAUCUGAUGAGAGUAGCCUGCCAUCCGUGUCAUAUAUUACUUCUGAUGAUGAGGGAAGCUACAACAAUUUUUCUUCAAGCAACACCUCUUACGAAGACUUCGACGACGUCAAAAAAGACGAUCUCACUCCUGCCGACUUUUAUAAGAUCAUGGGCUAUCUCUCUCUUGCCGGUUACGAGAUCGUCCCGAAAGUUCAUCUUCCUGUCGCAAUCGCGUCAUUGGACCUCGCAAUUCUUGACUACCUUGUCAGAUAUCAACAUUCUGAGGCAACCGAAUUUAUUAACGAGCGCGACACUAUUCCGAUUGCAUUUUCAGACGUUGUUCAAUCACAUAAAGGGAAGUCCGCAGAUAUAGCGACUCACGGUGUAACUCCAAAGCACGAGUUCCCUUCCACUAUUGACGUCAGUUCUUCGAAAGAUACCUCUCCCAAAAUUUCAUGGGCUGAAGUUGAUGACCUUGAUGAUGAUGAGUGGCUAACAUAUGCGCUUACCCCUCGCUGGGCCGAAGCUAAUUCUUCCGACAGAGCUGUUGUUAAAGACGAAGCAAACACUAAUCAAGAAGGAGCCCCCAAUGCAGAUGCGACUGAUGAGAACGGAGCAACUGAUGAGACAGAAGCAACUGACGAGGAAGAACUAACUGUUGAGGAGGAAACCAUUGCUACGGUCCUACCCUGGGAUUCUUUCUAUAGGCCGCAUACAUUGAAUCCAUACGAAUUCUACGGAAUCGACGAAGCAGAACGUCUAAACCUAAAGUAUAAUGCAGACGGUCAGCGUAUGAGGUUAUUUGCUAUAGUCAGGAAGGGUAGAAGCGAGCGAGGAUUUUUCUUUCAAUCUCAGUCUACCCAUCAAUCGCUAGAAGCGGCUCGCACUACCUUAGCUGAGGCUAGAAAGGCGAUCUGGGGCGAUACAUAUCGAGAGCGCGAGGGAAGAGAAGCCGAACAAGCUGGUUCUACUAGUGAUAGUUUUAGUCAACAAGAUGAAUACCAUCACCAGAGCGACGAAUCGAUGAUCGAAAAUAUCUAUCAGCCGAAGGAAGUCGACACAUCUACUCAGUCCCCUACUACGAAUGUACAAUUGGAAGAAAUAUCCAUUGAUUCUUGCCCUAACAGUGGUAUUCCCCAACUCACUCUCCCCUCCCAGAAAACAAACGUCGAAUACCGCGUAGAUGAACGGUGCACUGUCAACGUUGAUGCCAUGUUUUCUUCUCGGAUACGAAAGAAAACACUAAAUUUCACAGUGGAGGAAGAAGAAGAAGAAGAAGCUGAGGAUGAAGACACUAUGGGAGGAAAUACGGAAGACACUGACGAAGGAAAUGAGACUACCCUUACCGGAACCCUUCCUCCAGAUACUCCAUCUUCGCCGUCAUUUUACCCACACUAUUCUGCAACAUCCCCAGAGACCUGUGCAUGGAUACUUAGAUCUGGCUAUGGUGCAAUUGACCUAGCUCCUGUUGUAAAGGACAUUAGUACGCAGGAUCCAAGCACUCCUGACGCUCCCCGACGGUAUUCUUUGUUAACCGCCGCGUUUAAUACCCUCUACGGAUUCGAAGGGAUCGAAGAAUCUCCACUCCCAUCCGGAGCCUAUUGCAGGAAGUGGGCUACAGACCCAUAUGCUCCCGGACAGAGCGGUGCAAAACGGGUAUGGCAAUAUAGGAAAGGAGUUAAAGGUGUAAAAAGUGGUAGUAAUUUACAUCUUAACGAUCUUGUUGCUCAUACCCACCAUUCUAAUAUAUCUGAGCCUCUUAACGCCUUUCAAUUGCGAAGGAACGAGGAUGCAAAGACCGGUGAGGAGUCCAUCGCCGUACAAGAAACCACUGAGGCGGAAAUCCCUCAUCGAUUUGAUACCUCGAAUCAGAUCAAGAUACCAGGGUCCUUGUCUGACGAAGAACCGGAGCCGUGGGCAUGGACCUUAGACGUACAGGCGCUGAUAGCAGAUAUCAGGGCGGGGUUGUGGGAGAUUUUCACGGGUGGGGAGGAAUUUUGAUUGGGGGUGGGCAAUUUGGGUAUGAGUGAUGAUUGAGCGCAGAUUUUGCGGAGAUGUACAUAUUUUCAACAAGCUCAUGAGAACCUUCCGGGCUGUUUGCGAGACCGAGGAAAUAACUAGGGUGAGGUUCUUGACGAUUUGGGGUGUAUAACACAGACGGGAAUCAGCGUUUGAUUGAUAUCAUAGUAUACUUGAAUCCAUCCCUUUACCCAGAAAUACUCUGAAGAUCGAAUUCCCGAUAGUUUGUUUCCGCGAUUGGAAGCCAAGUUAGUGACUUACUACUGGC